ACAGUUGACCACAGUAAGUUACGGUGGACGACGACGACAACGACGAUAAGACGUCGACAACGUCAACUACUGCAGAUUACAGCGAUUUCAUAUUUUUUUUUCUAUUCUAUCAUCGUUAUCGUCGAUCGCAGGCGCCGUUGUCAAUGAACGGAGAUCAACUCUCGGCGAGACGACCGUAAUACCUAUAACUGCGUCCGACAUUUGACGACACUUUGUCUUGUUUAUCUUGCGGGAGCUCGACGUUCGCGUUUACGCUGUGCUCAGACAGUGGGUCGGCUGUGUAGACGAGUGCCACUGUCGUGUCUCGCGCCGUCGACUACUUGGACUACCCAGGCCGAUCGGCAGUUGGCGGUCCCCCUCGACGGCUGAGAGAACGACCGAGAAAUUCGUGCACGGUGUUGGCAAAGGUUAGAUUGGUCAGGUUUGAAGGGAGUGAACGGUCGGCCUCGUACGGCCACCGACCGUCAUGGCUCACCGGCAUCCGACCGGCGGCACGUCGUCACCCUCGUUGUCGUCGUCGUCAGUCACCGAUAAUGAAAACGCCAUCAGGCUACUUGAAUCGCUGCAGAACGACUUCAAGUGUUUGUCCAUGGAGACGAAGAAGAAAUAUCCUCAGAUCAAAGAGGCGUCUGAAGAGGCCAUUGUCAAGUUGAGAAACUCAGCGGCUGUUGCUGCCGAUCACUUACAACAACAGCAACAGUCACACCAUAACCAUCAUCAGAUCUAUUAUGUCGUCAAUCAAAUACUAUAUCCUGUUGUACAAGGGUGUGAGACCAAAGAACCAAAAAUCGUUAAGAUGUGUCUGGGAACCAUACAGAAGCUAAUCACACAUCGAGCAGUUGACCAAAAAGGUGCCCGUUACAUAACCGAUACCUUGUGGAUGUUGAUGGAGUCAGGGACUGAGCAUGUAAAAGUAUUGCAGAGUGUCACAUUACUAUUGACCACCGACUGCGUGGUGCGCGGCGAAACUCUAGCUAGGAAUUUAGUGUUAUGUUUUCGACUGCAUUUUACCAAAGACUCGCAAGCCGUCAUCAACACGGCAGGCGCUACUGUGCGUCAGCUUGUAGCUCUAGUAUUUGAACGUGUUAUGCAAGAAGAUGAGCAGCACGAACAGCAACUUAAAGACUGCAAUAAUGAUGAUAAUGGGUAUGAUUCACAGCAGCAAAGAAAUGGUGUAGAUUCAUCUGUUCCUUUGCAAGAUCACAGGCAACAGCAAAGUAGUAGAACUCAACCAUUGCCACAACUUCACCACCAUCAUCAGUAUAAUGGUAGCAAUGCAAGUGGCUAUGAACCUGUUUCUGCUGUGUCUUCAUUGGGCCCGUGUGCAGCAGAUGCAUAUCAUAUGUUUCAGGACCUUGUGCGAUUGGUGAACACUGAUCGUCCAUAUUGGUUGGUGGGCAUGACAGAAAUGACCAGGACAUUUGGUCUGGAACUACUGGAAUCUUUGCUUUCUGAUUUUCAGCCUGUGUUCUAUAAACACAUGGAGUUUAGGUACCUAUUGAAAGAGCGUGUUUGCGCAUUAGUCAUCAAGUUAUUUUCUCCCAAUGUCAAACACCAUAGUGGCAAUAGCUCUGUUAGGAGAAACACAAUUACCAAUACGGGAACUGGUGGUGCAACUGUUCCUGGCAAUAAUAGCUCAUCAGUUAUGAUGAUGGGUGUUACUGGUGGUGCUGGUAGUCCUACUUCUAAUCACCGUGGAGAUGAUAGACCACAUUAUGCUAUUACAGUACGACUGUUGCGUCUUGUCUCUAUACUAGUUCGCAAAUAUCAUAAACUACUGAUAACCGAAUGUGAGAUAUUUUUGUCAUUGAUCGUCAAGUUUUUGGAUGCUGACAAACCUGCAUGGCAAAGAUCUGUUGCUUUAGAGGUGUUACAUCGCCUAGUAGUUGAACCUGGUCUGUUAGCUGCAUUUUGUGCUUGCUAUGAUCUUAAGUUACAUAGUACUAAGAUAUUUAGAGACAUAAUUGACUCACUAGCGGGAUAUGUGCAAUCAUUAUUUAAUCCUGCUAUGAUUGUGUCUGGUGGUGGCUCCAUGAACAAUGCUGCAAUGAUGGCAGCAACUGCAAACGCAGCACUCCAAGGACAGUCGCCAGCUGUAUUGGCUGGCAUGCCAGUCGGGCCUGGUGUGUCACCACAACCGGGGUUUUUUGGUCGUGGUGGUGUAUGGCUACCAGUAGUGAUCCAAUUACCAACUGGGCAAGCUAAAUCCAUUUACCUAGAAAUGAAUGAUAAACACGAUGAACCUCCACAAGUUGCUGAUGGGUAUGGUGUGUCUGUGGCGUAUGCAUGCCUAGUAGAUGCUGUUCGUGCUAUUCAAAUUGAAGUGCAUCCUGAUAUACAUCAAUCAGUCGUGUCUCCACCUUCCACCACAGCAGUAUCACCUAGUGUAGGUGAUGAUGGCCUUGGUCACCAAUGUCAUACUGACAGUGUUUACCAAAAGAACGCCUCAGAAGAAGAUGAUAAUGGCAAUGAAGAACAAAAGCAAUCAACAGGAGUUAAGAGAUCUCCUUUACAUGAACAAAUAAUAAACAGUAGCUGGUAUGGACUACUAACAACGUUUUGCCCUCUAAUUGAAUCCUGUACUGACGAAGGAAUCACAGAAAACAUGUUGAAAGCAAUGCAAGCAUAUAUUGGCCUAUGUGGUCUGUUGGAUAUGCGAGGGCCACGAGAUGCCUUCAUUACAGCUGUGUGUCGUGCAUGCUUACCACCGCAUUAUAACCUGACAGUAUUAAGCGGGACUGUCAAUACUUGUUGUGUAGGUCAACCAUCAAUAUCUUCGUCGUCACCAACCAUGCAGUAUACCACUUCCUCAACAAUGUAUGAUGACCACCAUCACCAACAAUAUAGUGCUACUGGAGGAGGAUAUGGCCCAGAAUCAACUGAUUACAAGCAACAACAGCAGGUCAUAGUAGCCGUAGGUACUCCACUAGCUACUCCUUCGUCAGUUUUGCAGAACUCGUCACCUUCGGGUACCUCACUUCAGAACCAUGGGCCUGUUAUGCUAACCGCCAAAAAUCUGCAGUGCAUGCGUGCUCUCUUAGUAUUAGCCCAUUGCCAUGGUUCCAUCUUGGGUUCAUCGUGGCAUUUGGUGUUAACUACAUUGCAGCACCUUGUCUGGAUAUUGGGUUUGAAACCAUCAACAGGCGGUAGUCUCAAAGCAGGAAAUAGUACUGCCACAUCAGUACCUAAUAGACACUCAGCUGUCAACACUUCUUCCACUGCUACAGAUAGUUCGGGAAUUGGCUCAUUGUCAUCAUCCUCUUCUUCAGUAUCAACUACUUUGUCAUCAUCAAAUGUUGCUGUCAUAACUACAGCAGUCAUGGCAGCUGACCUGCCUGUACUUUCAACGAUGCUUAGUCGACUUUUUGAGUCCAGUCGAUAUCUGGAUGAUGUUGCUCUUCAUCAUCUAAUAGAUGCACUGUGCAAGCUUUCUCAUGAAGCUAUGGAAUUGGCCUACUGCAAUCGAGAACCAUCACUGUUCGCUGUUGCUAAACUUUUAGAAACUGGAUUAGUUAAUCUUUCACGUAUAGAUAUACUGUGGAGACCUGUGACCAAUCACUUAUUGGAUGUGUGUCAGCAUCCACACAUUAGAAUGCGUGAAUGGGGUGUUGAAGCUAUAACAUACCUGGUGAAAGCAGCUCUACAGUACAAAUAUCAGCCUCCACUGAAAGAUAAUCAAAAACUACAGACAUUGUUGCUGAGCCCACUAUCUCAAUUGUCAUUAAAUAUGAAUAGUGAUGUCAGGCAACGACAAUUGGAAUGUGUAUUGCAAGUACUACACGGAUCAGGACAGACAUUGUCCCAUGGUUGGCCAUUAGUGUUAAACAUAGUUGGUGCUGUAUCAGACCGGCAUGGAGAGAACCUGAUAAGGAUAGCAUUUCAGUGUUUGGAACUGAUACUCACUGAUUUUUUGCCUUUGAUGCCAUGUAAAUGCUUACCUUUGUGCCUGGAAACCACAGCAAAAUUUGGAAUGCAAACACGUGAUUUGAACAUAUCUUUGACAGCAUUAGGAUUAAUGUGGAACGUUGCUGAUUAUUUCAAAGAUAAUAAAGACAAGCUGCUCUGUAACAAUAGUGGAGGUGAUAGCAGUAAACAACUAGGAGCUGGUGGUGAAGCAUUGACUGAUAGCGGUAACACAAUAGAUUCAACAAUAUCGGGAAUCACUGAUCCACAAGAAUUGGUAUAUCCCGAUUUUCCAGGUGUCACUACACUAGCAGAAAUGUCUGAGUUUGAUAAGUUGUGGAUGUGUUUGUUCACCAAGCUAGGUGAACUUUGUAUAGAUCCCAGGCCCGCUGUUAGGAAGUCGGCUGGUCAAACUUUGUUAUCAACGAUUUCGGCACAUGCAAAUUUGUUAACGCCAUCAUCGUGGAAUGCUGUCCUGUGGCAKGUAUUGUUUCCGUUGAUGAAUAAAGUACAAAUACUCUGUGAGUCGGCCAGUGAUUCUACGUGCAACACAGUUGCAGGUACCGAUGGUACAGGUGUUAGCGGUGGUGGAAGUGGUGGAAGUGGAUCGGCCGGUGGUGGUACAAUUCUAAUACACCAUUCACGGAAUACUGAUCAAAAACAAUGGGCAGAAACACAGGUAUCUACAUUGUAUGGUCUGGCCCGAGUAUUUAAUGCAGAAAAAUACUCGAUGACAGUGGGCGGAGAUUUUGUCAAGGCGUGGACGUUGCUGUUGGAGUACAUGGAAAAAGCGGCUUUAAAUAGAAAUGUAGAGGUAUCAUUGGCAGGGUUGCGUUCGUUGCACGAACUCUUAAUGGUGUAUAGCAGCUCCAAUAACGUUAGUGAUGGUACAAAUAUGACGCCAAGUGAUAAAAAUACAGCGGCCAUGGAUCGGGCACAUCGAGAAGAGGAUUGGCAAAGUAAAAACAGAGUUAGUGGAUCGACCACGUCUGCAGUGGUGGAAAAUGAGAUAUGGACAACUACAUGGACUGUGUGGAUGCGAAUCGCAACGGCCGCCACUGAAACGACCGUGGUCGAAAGCCCCAUUAACCCACCUCAGACAACGACGACAAGUAGCGGCUCGUCAACAGCUGGGGCGGAGGACCGCCGUCGUCGCGAAUAUCCAAUACAGCAGCAUCAUCAAUCUCUACAACACAAGCAGAAAUUUUUAACGGCCCUGUUGCAAAUAUUUCCAUUAAUAUUCACACGCAUUAAAAACAGAUUUACCGAUCAAAAUCUAAACGAUCUUUUCCGAGUAUUGGAUGCGGCAGCCGCUGUUGACGGGUCAGCGGCUGUGGUCCUGUCUGAUCACAACCAUCAAUACUAUCACCAUCAACAACAACUGCAACAACAGAACUACUAUGGUGGUAGCUAUAGUCAGCAACAGUUGACCCGAUUACAAGAUGAGAUUUUACAGUGUCUGGAAACGUUGGAACGAGAAACAUUGAUUUUUGACGACGAUGAAUUUGGCGGUACAUCAACAUCUAAUUCCGCUGGUAACGCGACGGCAAGUAGUGACAUAGGUUACAUAGAUAAGAAAAUCUCGAUAAUGUCGAUGGAACAGCAACAACAUCGACAUGAGUUGGUCCAGAGAUUUCUGUGUCCUCUGUUCGAUCAACUGCUGAAAUUCUGUCGCUUCGUGUGUCCUCCGCUACCACCUUCUACACCCAACACCGGUGGCGAUAGACAGCAAAUGACAAAUGGUGCAGCGACGGUCGACCACUUCCAUCACCAUAAUAAGUUCGCUGCGGCGGUAGCGGUUGAUUCAAAUUAUGUAGCGUUUGGUGAGAAAGCAGUGCUCAUGAUUGUCGAUUUGUAUGGGAUGACAGCGGCUGAAACGUGCGUUGUGAAAGGCGAAAUUCUGAGGCGAAUCAUUGAGGUAUUUUCUGUUCCUCUGGCCGGCCGAUACUCCUCCUACCCGUCGUCAGCUCCGGCAUUCCAUUACCAUAUGGACGCGACUCCCUUGUCGUCAGGAAGUACUCAACAGCAGCAACAGCAACAUGUCCAGCAGCAGCAACAGCAGCACCUCAUGUUAGUGCGACGGCGUCAACAACAGCAACAAAACACAUGGAAACUACUGGUGGUCGGCCUAAUGAACGUGCUUUCGGUGGGUGUGCCGUUGGCUCGAGACUGUGCUGGGGACGAUUAUAUUUCUAUCUGGUCACCACUUGGUUCUGUUCUGGAAGACAUAUUAUUCCCGAAAAACUUGCCCCCAGCAUCCUCGAUGUUGAAAAGCAAUAAAUUGAUGGACGACAACGACGAGAACGAUUCCGUGAUAAUCGACUGUCAGCUGGUGGAAUUCCUGAAAGACGAAAUAUUGUCACAGUCAACUAAUGUUCCUCGAGAGUUCAUCAUGCGAGUGGUAGUGUUGCUAAACCGUGGCUCAGUAUUGUCCACCACCACCGCAUCGACAUUGUCCAACUAUCCGUAUGGCGGAGGAUAUGAUUCGAUGAUGAUGGUGGAUUGCCGUGACGGAGGCGUCUCUGGUGGUGUUGCGGGGUCAGGUGUUGGCGGUUUCUCGCCACCAUCCCUCUUGCGAGAACAGUUCGCCAAAGUUUGUUUUGAAACGCUGUUGCAGUUUUCAUUGGUAGAUGGCAUAUCAUCGUCAUCAUCACCUCCCCCGACGGAUACCGCGGCAAACAGCGGUGGUAACGAUUCCAACGCGGACGCUGAACUGAUUACUGGCAAACUUGCUGUUACGGCGCUGCUGCAUAGAUUCCAGGAAGUUGUUGAGAAAUUCUGUCACGAUCAAAGUUUGACCGGAAAGUGUCCAUUACCCAGGUAUCGUAUGUCGGAAAUAUCAUUUGUUCUGAAAGCAAUCGCUACACUCAUUGUUUCAUUGAAAAAAACUCCCGACAAAGUCAGUAAAGCCGUGUGGGACCAGUUGAUCAGACUCUACCCGUCCCUUGUGAGGUGUGUACCUUAUACUCAACAAUGUUGCUCGUCACCUCAGGUCACGGACUCUCUAACUGAAGCUCUGCUCCAGUUUGGUGACCUGUUGCUCAAGGCGCCACCUUCAAACACUACCGACGCUCAACAACAAUAACUCCAAAUCCAACAUUAUUGCCGCUGCUCGAAGACAUUCCUCUCGCUGCUUCUCGCACGUCUUCAUUGUUUAAUCGUAUUUUUUCUCAUUAUUAUUUGUUUUAUUUUCCUUGUCAAAACCUAUACCAUCGUCACUGCGCUCACAAUUAAUAACAUGUUUUCAAUUGCAAAUGAUUUUUAUGUACCUAUUACCUAUAACUAUUAUUAUCAUUAUUAGGUAUUAUUAUUAUUAUUAUUAUUAUUAUUAUUACUAUUUAUUAUUAUUUCUAUUAUCAUCGUCACUUAGGUGUUGAUUUUAUUAACCCAACGCAGUUGUGCCUAUCUUAUAGUUUGAUGAAGAGUAGUUUUUAAUUAUUGUUAUCAUUAUUAUUAGUUGUAUUGUUAUUGUAUUACUAUACAUUACAAAUGUUUUUAUAAUAAAUAGGUAUAAAUUUGCUGUGGGCGCAUUAAAGAUACCUAUUGAAAGACGAGCUUAUAUUAAAACGUACUGUAUGUGGUAUAAUGAUUGAGAUUGUCUUGCCGGCUAAUUCGUAUUAUACCCAAUGUAUCACGGUACUAAUGAAUGAAUAUAAUUUGAAGCGCCACGGUGGUGGUGGCCAUAUUAUUAUUAUUUUAUAUAGUUAUGAUGAUUAUCGUUUCCAUCCUCGUCAACAAUUUUGGACAUUUGUAUUUAUAAAAUUUAUAACGUGAGAGGAUUCCAGUUGAGAGUCAAUUUUUUAUUUUUAUUUUAAUAUUUGAAUGCACGUUAAUACAAUCAUGUAUUUGUGUAUUUUUUUUCUAU